AUGGUUCUUUUGAAAGCAAAACGAUCUCUGAGUGUGGUUGUCGUUGGGUACGUAUGCGUGAUAUUUACAUGUUCAUUGACAUUAAUAUAUACCGUCAUCUCCGCCUCAGAUAUCGGUUUUGAGCUAACCGGGAGAGAUAGCGCAGGUAUUGGAGGGUUGGCAACGGCAAUAUCUUUGGCAAUUCGGGGGCACAGGGUGCUCGUCCUCGAGAUUUUACCAGAGAUCCAGGAGAUCGGUGCAGGAAUCCAAAUUGCUCCAAACAUGGGUAGUAUCCUUGCUCGCUUGGGAAUCGAGCCCGCGAUCCAAGAGAAAGCUAUUGUCCUUGAGACAAUAGAGGUUGUUCGAUGGCAAAAUGGCAAGGUCCUGAGCAAAAUCCCCGUUAAUCACCAAUACGGCAAAACUGCAGUCAUCCACCGGGCGGAUCUCCAGAGAGCCCUUAUUGACAGGAUAUCCGAGCUGGAUAAUAUUGAGAUGCGACUCGGCGCAACAAUAACUGAUAUUGACUUCGAUCGCACAGCAGUCUGGCUUCAAGAUGGUGAAAUGGUGACUGGGGAUGUGAUUGUUGGAGCAGAUGGAAUCAAAUCUAUGAUCAGAAACAAGAUGAUUCUGGACAGGGCCAACGGAAUACUGCCUACCGGGGAUAGGGCAUUCCGGAUCCUCAUACACCGUGAAAAAAUGCUUCGAGAUAAAGAGCUUGCAAAAUUAAUAGACAAGCCAAAGGCAGUACGGUGGGUCGGCCCGCAUCGACAUAUCGUAGGCUAUCCUAUACGCAACCACCAACUGUACAAUGCAGUUUUCAUUCAUCCCGACAACGGGAGCGUGGGAGAAUCCUGGACUAUUCCCGGGACAAAAGAGGAGAUGAUGGAGAUGUUUUGUGGCUGGGAACCUCGAGUAUUGAAGUUGAUAGAAGCUUCGACUCAGGUGUUGAAAUCAAAACUUUGUUUACAUCCGCCAUUGCUAACCUGGGUAAAAGGUUCGUGCACUCUAGUUGGUGACGCGUGUCAUCCCAUGCUGCCCUAUAUCGCCCAAGGCGCUGCCCAGGCACUUGAGGAUGCAGCCGCUCUUGGGGUAAUCCUGUCCAACAUAUCGAGCGUGAAAAGCAUCCCGUUUGCCCUUGGCGUGUAUGAGAAGUGUCGGAAAAAACGUGCAGAAGCCGUCCAGCAGUCUGGUACUGCGAAUAGAAUUCCACUUCAUCUUCCUGACGGGCCAGAGCAAGUCGCAAGGGAUGAACGGUUUGCAACCGUGAUGAAAGGGGAUAGCAGUCCGGAUAAAUGGAAUGAUCGUGAAACACAGCAGCUGCUUUGGGGCCAUGAUGCAGAAGAAGCUGCAAACCAAUGUUGGUCAGAAUGCACAAGGGUGAAAUGCCACCACCACAGUCUAAGCGCAAGACUGUGA